UAAUAGUACAUAUUUUUGUAUAAUCUGUAAUUCAAAAUAGAAAAAAAAAUCUGAGAAUCUUCAGCAGUUUUGCAAAUUUUCUAUUUACAAGCUUAAGCUGGUGUUUGUAGAGGAGGUUUGUCCCACUUUUGCUGCUUCGUUAAUGGAAAGAUAUCUCUGGACUUCAGGUAAUCUGCUCUGGAUAGGUUUACUGCAGUUGUAACAGUUUUACAACACUGUAGAUAACAACAACUAAGACAUCUUGUUUAACUUCUGCAUUUCUACUAAUACAGGAAAUUUAACUGUUGUGAUUUCAUUCCUGAAGUUCUGUUUGUUUUGUUAUAACAAGCACUUCCAUGUAUAACUGUGCAGUUAACUGGGUUGCUUUUAUCCUUUCACACAUCAGCGUGAACAAGAAAAUGCAAUGGCUCGCCUUAAAAAGCAGCAGCAAGAGCUGGAGCACAUGAGGCUGUGCUAUUUGGCAGCAGAAGAAAAAGAGCUGGGGAAAACAGACCGACAAGAGCUGGAGGAUAUCAGAAAUGAACUUAACAGGCUAAAGCAACAAGAAGAGAGAAAGCAAUUUCAAGAUGUUAGAGAUAAUUCUGCACAUAAAGUGGAUAGUCUUCAUACUAGAAAAUCAAAUGAGAACACAGAUGAUUAUCUCUCACGUCUGAUGGAGGAGAGGGAUACCUUGUUAAGAACAGGAGUGUAUAAUCAUGAAGAUCAUAUUGUAAGUGAACUUGAUCGUCAAAUCAGAGAGGCUAUUGCAAAAAGAAAUGCCACUAAAUAAAAGCAUACAAAAAAACAGCCUGAAUUUGAAUAGGCUUACUGAUGUUUUUGAACCUUUCUCUUCAAAAAUGUAUGGUGAUGCAUAGAUUUGCACAUUCUUAGCUGUUUUUAAAGUCAGUGUCAAUAUUUGCAGUGCAUAAUGUUAAGUGAAGUUUUAAGUUUCAAAGGGGGUGGCUGUUUUUAGUGUUUUUGUAUUCCUAUACAUGCAAAUAUAUUUAUAUUCUGAAGUGUUUUCUACCACUCUUUCCACAAUUGGGCUGUGUUUAUUUUUAAGAUAUUUAAUAAUUGUUCUCAGUUUUUUGGUCAGUAUUUCAAUUGUUUUUUUAGAGUUCCUCAACUAUACUUGGAGAAAGUGUCAUCAGCUCUUUUCUGUGAUUUUCUUAAUUCUCUGAAAUUCUUAAUUUUGACCCAAAAUGCAGCUCCUGAAUAAAUGUCACUUUUUAUUAAAUGACAAACUAAUCAAUUUUUACUUCUGCAACUGCAGUGAAUAUAGCUACUUUCUACAGUUAAGUUUUCUUUUUAGAGGCAAGCAUUUAAUUGGAAGGGAAGGAGCUCCCAAACCUUGUGAAACUGAAACUGAUUGAAAUGUUAAGUAACUGGUAUGAUCAUACAGGAUGAAAAUGCUUUUGUCCUAGCAGCUUUGCACAUAAGACUGUAAGGGUGAGCCCAGGCUUUGUUCAUAAAUACAUGUGCAUUCUUAUAUUUGUCCCGUGUGAGAAACUAUAUUUGAGUCAUUUUUAACAUUUCAGAUGCUGGGCACAUGCAUAAGAUAAGAGUUUUACUAAGACAUUUUCCUUAAUCAGUGCCUACUCAGUUUGCAGUUCUUUAACACGUAUUUCAAUCUGUGUUUUCUCAUUGCUGUUAGGAUGAUUUAUUUGAUUGUUGAAGUGUGAAAAGGAUAGCCUCAAAUUGUUCAAAGCCAGAAGAAAGAUCCAUGAGAAAUGUUAAUUUCUGCAUAGUAGUUGAAAAAGUUUUUGUUUUUUCUAGCUUCCAUUCUGUUUGAGUAGAUGUAAAAUCAUUCACAUGGACCUAGCUAAUUACAUAAACUUACAGCACUGCUUUUUAAUGGGGAUUUUUGUCAUGUUGCCAUGGUUCUCAGUUUCAAUCUUGAGUACUGAAAAAGUGUUAAAUAUCUCUAUUCAGGCAAAGCAUAACAGACCCUAUGCAAAACAUUUUUUUCAGUGUACUUGCAUGGAUACAACUGUACAUGUAUUGCCUUCCUAUUUUUCAUGGUAUAAAUCAUAGGAUAGUGCAUCUGACUUGCCUAGCAUGGGCCCAUUUCCUGCUAAAAAAGCUUGGGUUUUAGGCCCCUUAAAGUUUUAAUGUAGCUACUUAUUCUCAGAUGUUACUUUCUAUGAGGACUUACUGUUUAUCAGAGUAAAAGUAUAUAAGAAAUUAUUUUGUGAUGCCUCUCACACCUAUAUUUUUUCAACUGAAGGUGUUUGAAAAGAUUCUACUCCACUAGUAAAGCAAGUAACACCUUGAUAAAUCCUGCACAAAUUCAUGGCAUGUAAUUUUAUGCUGUUAUGUUAGUGCUUCUGUUGUCAUUGAUGCAUGAUCAUGCACUGUUGCAUAAUCCUGCAUUAUUGGAAAUGAAACGGGAUUCUUCUGUCUUACCAAGAAGACUUCGUUGUUCCUGAAAUUGCUUCACUUUUGCAAGACGUGCAGUUUCUUUUUCAAACACUAGGGGGUCCAUUAGACUUAAAGAUUGCAGAGUGUGUAUAAUAGCAUUUUCAUGACUGGUGAUUUUUUAACCAAUUCUAUGAUUUUUCAGGUGUUACAUUAUUUAAUAAACUCAUAUUUUUAGUAUUAAGGA